UAGGGUGGGGGGGAACUCUCUUGUGCAGAACAUUUGGUCGACUUGCUUUCCUGAAGUAUUUGUUAUUUUUUGUAGUGGCCGGUGAGGGGGUGGUUUGACGUGAGGGAGGAGUUGUUGUUGGUGUGUUCAUUUCGUACCGUCGUCCUUGCCUAGCAUCUCGCACUGGAGCAAGAGGGGGAGGGUAUGAUUGUGUGGAAAAACUCCACCCCAAAAAAACCCUCCCUAAAGGCUGGGAAGUUGUGAGGAGGAAAGAAAGUAGUGAGAGAGGGUGGGGAAAAAAUAGGCGAGUAAAGAAGGAGCAAAAAAAAAAGUGGAAGAGGGUUUCUUGAAACAGACGGCGCACAUUUUCUUGUUGUUUUUGAAUCUGAGGGAAGUUCCAGCUCCUCCAUAUUGGAGACCAAGCGACGACAUUUGACAAGAAAUAAUACCUGAACGGAGAAAACAAAUAACCCACCCCAGAAGGAGAGACGACGCCACAGAAAGAAAAAAAAGGAUUAAAAAUAACGCAAUCAAGGCUGCAGGAAAUCAAGAAACAUCAUUUUCUCCGCCUUUCGUGUUGGAUAAAUUGUGUUUGAAAUCUCUCCACUCACCGGACAGCUCGGCGUCUUCCUCUCCCCGGGCCGCGGGCGAAAGGCGGUUAUUUUUUGAAUUUUUCUGACAUAAACAUUAUUAUAAAUGGUUGACUGAAAUAUAAAUUUUUUUGGGAGAGAGACGGAAAAGAAAGUUGCAGUGAAUUAUAUUUUCUGCAUUUGUGUUUUUUUUAAAAAAGUACUUAAUUUUUUUCAAGCCUUCCCGUCUUCUCCCUGUGGCGUACAUAUAUGUAUUAAAAAUUCUACAUAUAUUUUUCUUCUGGAUUGGGUGAAAGGAACGGUUGGUUUGUUUUCAGUGUAUUUUCUGAAGGAAAUCGCGGAGGGCCCGACGGCCAAAAGCAGGAAGGGUUUGUUCGAUGGACAGCACGUCCAUUAUAACGCAGGUCAGCAAAGAGGAUGAGAUUAUUUCAUCGUCCCAGGAAAAAGUUUCUCAGAGCAGCCUCAGCUUGAAAAAGCAGAGGAGCCGGAGCUUUUUCAAUUCGUUCCUCUGUUGCUUUCGUGACUACAAUGUGGAGUCGACGACCAGCAACUGCAACAGCAAUGCUCAGAUUCCAACGGUGGAGGAGAAUGGGUCGAUCGCUAAGUCUGACCAGGUACAGGUCACCCCCAGCCCCAGUCCUCCAGCCAAAUUCCUCUUACCAGAGAUGAGAGUAUCUGAUGUUGGAAAGAAAUGUGUAGUCAUCGACUUAGAUGAAACCUUAGUACAUAGUUCCUUUAAGCCUAUUAACAAUGCUGAUUUCAUUGUUCCUGUUGAGAUAGAUGGGACUGUUCACCAGGUUUACGUAUUGAAAAGGCCGCACGUCGAUCUGUUUUUGCAAAAAAUGGGGCAACUCUUUGAAUGUGUUCUCUUUACAGCCAGUCUAGCCAAGUAUGCAGAUCCAGUGGCAGACUUGCUGGAUCGCUGGGGAGUAUUCAGGGCCAGGCUGUUCAGAGAAUCGUGCGUUUUCCACCGAGGAAACUACGUGAAAGAUCUCAGUCGGUUAGGAAGGGACUUGAGCAAAGUCAUUAUAGUGGAUAACUCGCCUGCAUCCUACAUCUUCCAUCCUGAAAAUGCAGUGCCUGUGCAGUCCUGGUUUGAUGACAUGUCGGACACGGAGUUGUUUGAUCUGAUUCCAUUCUUUGAAGGACUGAGUAAAGAAGAGGAUAUUUACAGUAUGCUGCAGAACCUCCGCGGCAGGUAGCGAUUGUGCUCCGGGCAUGUCGUCUUGGCAGAUUCUUACGUUGUUCUUGCCCGAUUUUUAUCCCUCCCCCUUCACUUUCCCAAUCUACACCCAUGCCACAUCCCCAUCCCUCCUCCUUCGCAGCUUUGUGUUUCUGUUUUUUGUAACGAAAGGAAAGCUUCCUUCAGUUUCCCCUGCCUUGUGUACCUGUGUUUGGAUCGAAACUUCAACUUCUGGAGGAGGAGCAGAAGGGAGGUAUCAUCAGACAAGAAGCAUGUCAGCUGGUUCCUGCUGUUAACUCGUUAUGGACAAGGUGAUUGACGUCCAUUGAGCUUCUCAAAGCCUGAUGUCAGAAAGUCGCACAUGACCAGACUUCAUUUAAAAGGAAGAACUAUCAGAGUAAAUCACAGACGUGGAAAAACAAAAUGGAAAAUUUGUUACGGACUACAGUUUGAGUAGAAAACUUUUCCUUCUCUCUACCUACCAAAAAACAAGUAUUUGGGCAGUUCUGUGAUAUUUUAAGUAUUUUGUUCCCUCCUUUGUUAACCUUUUUUUUGGUUGUGCUAUGCAGACAGUCAGGCUGACCUACAGUAGCUGACCUGAUUCUGUGAUCUCACUUUUGCAGAAUGAAGUGCCUUUUUGAAGAAAAAAAGUUGAUAAUUUUAGAUGAGAAAAAAAGCAAAAUUAAUUUUUUUGUACACUGCAUAUUCCAGAGAUCUUUUAUCUUUUAAUGACUGUAUGUUUUAAAACAAAAAAUCUUUAUGAGCACUGUUAUUUAUGCUGAACACGUUGAAUUAUAAGUGCUGGGUAUAAGUCUCCAGAGUCAUUAAACUUUUAAAUUUUAUAUCAAUUGGCUUAACAAUAGUUAAUGGGCACCGAAUUAUGAUUUUUAAAAAUUACUAUUUUAAAUAUAGAGAUAGCUUAGGGUUACCAAUGUCACUUAAAAAAAACAGCCACUGCAGUCUGACUUGACAAGGAUUGCAAGCUGGAAUUAUUAUCAGAUCCACCAGGUACUCUGGGGAAAUGACAUGGUGCUGUCAGAUACUGUGAUGGAUACUUUUUAUUUUCUUUCUCCCACCACAUGCUGUAUGCCAUCUUGUUCCCUGCCUUGUAAUUUAAAUAGAAUGCCAAAAAGCUGAAACUCGAUGGGGGUACUGUGUCUGUAGCUGGAGUGUCAAUUUAACUGAAUUCAUCCACUUCAGCAUCCAUGCUAUCAGCACUGCAACAAGUUUCAGGGAGUGGUGUUGGAUGAGUCUCUCCUUGGAUUUUGCUGAUGGGUUUCUGCCAGCAUGUUCUGUGCAUAAAGAGUUGUCUGACCACACCACAGACAUUGGUGGUAGGUGUAGUGAAGGGAAGCGGGCGCAGAGACAGAGUGAGCAGAAAAGGUGGGGUAAGGGAGAGAAGGUAUCACACGUGAACUGCGUAGAACGGUGGAAGUUUUGGGGCAUUUAAGAUGCAAUCUUUGCAAAUAAUGUUACUGUUUAUUUCAAACUUUAUCUGCUAUCUCAAUUCAUCACAAAUGGCAACAGUGAUACGCUUGGAUUUAUAUUGUGAAUGUGUCUGUCUAUCUUUUGUUACCUCAAAUGCUUUGUCUGAUCCUAAAUCUUACUAAGUGGCUUCCUUUCUCUCACUGUCUUUCACUGGAUGUUGGGGGUCUUAUUCGAAAACUGGGUGUCUCACUCCACAGUCAGUGAGUACUGAUGCAGCAUGUCGAUGGGCAAAGGUAUUCAACUAAAUUUUCAAAGUUAUUUUAUUAUCCCUUUAUACUUCUUAUACUACCUGUUUCAAUUCUGAUUUCUCUUUAAAGGUAGUUCUCUGGCAGCAGGCCACUAUUGUCACCUUGAGGAAGAAAAACAUCUUGGGUUUUCAUUAGGGAACAGUGACAUUUCUUCUUUAUGUUAGUCUCCGACAGAUGCUGAGCAUGUGUCCGUAUGCAUACUCAGAAUGGCCAAAGCCCAAGUUGUCCACAUUGUUGGUAAAUGUGACUUUUGCCAGUAGUGUUAGUGACUGGAGAUGAUGUUAGCACAAAAAUGAAAUGUUAAGUCAGGAUUGAGCAUAGCUUUCACACUCAAGUCACAUACAGACUCAGUAGUUAAGGCAGCAUCUCUGGAGAAAAACAGUGAUGUUUUGGGUCAAUGAACUUCCAACAGAGCUAACCUUUUUUCUAUUUGGCCAGUUUUUUUGUCCUUGGCCAUUUGCUUGCUUGUUUGCCAGUAAAGGGUAUCCUGCUAUCUAUCUUAUUGGUCCAGCACAAAGAUGGUGGCUCUAUUGUAUUGAUUUUAUUUGUUGAACUGAUGGUAGUUCUAGGGAAGAGCAAUGGGGGCAGGAUGGAGGAGGAAAAACAAAAUCAAAUUUACUACCCAAUGACUUUCUCUGGAAAUGGAUGUGGGAUAGGCGAGAGGACAGGAUAGAGUUGGACAAUAAUACUGGUAUAGGCUGGCCAGUACACUCAAAAUCAGGGAGGUUACAAGAAGAAAGGCCACUUUGAGUAAGGUAGGAGAACCUUGCGGAAUAACAGCUAGUGUUGUCUUUGGCCGGAGAAGAUUGAAAACAACAAAUGGUGUGUAGUCUGUGAAGUGAAUGAUCACUUCUAAAUUUCUCACUUGGGUGGUAGCAUUGAAGCAAUUUGCAUGUGAAACUCUUAAGGAAGCAAAAAUUGCUAUCAAUAACAUAAUUAUUUUAGUAAAUUUGUUAGGAGAGAAUACCAACUGUUGCCAGUUUCAUGUUUCUUUGGUAAGUUAAAUUCUUGAAUACAGCUGUUUUAAUUUCACAUUUUUACAUUGCUAAGAGGAAUUUGUAUUCUUGUUAUUGGCACUGGUUUUGAGUUUGUGUCAAAAUACAACCUAAUAAAGUAGGUUAGGGGAUGUUUGGUCACCCACUGGACCCCACUCGAAUCUUAACUGGAUGGGCAAAAUCUUCCAUCAUUGAACCAGUCAAACCCCAGUGUGAAGUGCAUUUAGGUAUUUUUGUUUACCAAGUGCCACAGCACAGCCGUACUUAUGUUGGAAAUCUACAAUGUCCAGAUAAUGGUUGGUGCUGCAGAGUAUUGUUGGGGCAAACAAGAAAUAACUUGGCUUAUAACCAGUUCAUGGGUUGUCGAAGCAAAUCCAACUCAACAGUGAGUGGGAAACGUUCCAGUUUGAAUCCUCCCUCAAAAUGUGUGAAUUACUUGAAGAUCUGUCCGUGCAUUUGUUUUGUUGUUUUGUAGUUUUUAAUUACUGAUGACACUGAACUGCUUCUGGUAUUUUAGAAUAACAAAGAUUACAAAUUCAUACAGCAUGUAAGUCUGUUUGGACUCUCUUGCCAAGACUUAAGAUGUAUCUACUUAGACCUGUUCCCUGCUGUUCCACAUAUUCUUCUAAAUUUAUCGUCUGGUUUAUUUAUCUAUUCUCUUCCGAAAGUUGUUAUCAAAUGUGUCUCCACACCUUUACAGACAGCACUUUAUAGAUCAUAAUAAUACUGCAUAAUUAAGUAAAAACUCCUCCCCCUCAAACUCUUUUUGUGAAUUACUGUAAAUCUACACUGUCCACUUACCAUUCUCCUUGGCAAUGGUAACAGUUUCUUCUGAUGCACUCCUAUCAAAAUUUCCUCAUUUUUACAACAUAAGCUUCCUGUACUCUGGGGGUUUCAUUCUGCUUUUUGUUGCUUGUACAUCUGAUAGAUCUGCAGGCUGACUGCUCCUCAUUGCAAGCCCCACCAUGUCCAAGAUUGGCCUGUGAACAGUUAAAUCCAGUUUGUGUGCUGUUCCUUUGGUCCUUCAGCAAUCUUCUGUUCCAUUUAUUUUGAACUAGUUAAUAUUUUCAGCAAAUGAGAGAAAACGAAGAAUAUUGUCAAACCUGUUGAGUCUUUGUUUGCCCCACUAGGGUUUGUCAUGUGCUUUCCUAGGAUUACCUAGAGUUCUGACUGACUCUUUAAAGAAGAACUUGGAGAAGUUUUGGCUGACUUCUGCAUUACUCGUGUGAAGCGUUGGGGUAUUCUGGGUCUGCCUACAUUAUUUUUGGGAGAUAGGGAGAGAACACCCAAAUUUCAUCAUCCUUCAGCUGGUAUGCCCAAGGUUGAUGUCAUCUUCGUUGCUCUGUAUUACUGGAAAUAGCUUAUUAGUCAUCAUCGUUGAUGUUCACACCCAUUUGUUUGGGAUAGUGACCAGGCAACUGGUUAUGUGUGAGACUUUAACCCAACGAAGAUACAGCAGACACACCUAGUGAGGAAGUAACAAAAGGAAUUAAAUAUUUGAAUACAAUUUGGUAAAUAUGAGGGAGAAUAGCUAAUUGAGAAGAACAAGAAUGGACCAUGACGUUAAGAAUUUGCUUGCUGUAUAUCUGAGUUGCAGUUGAUGGAGUUGAAUAGGAUAAAACCCAGGAUCAGUCUGUGGCAUUGAGGUAAUUAGCUUUCAGUAAUCAGUGCCAAGUGUGGAUGGCCAUCUAUUGUUCCAGACAUCUGUGAGGGGAAAGUUUAUUGAACAAAUGAAACCACAAGUUCACUCGCCUUUUGUUCAUCAGAAAGCAGUUUGCAUUAUCCAUAUUUUCUUAAUUUUCCUAAGGGGAAUUAACUUUUUUUUGGACUUGUUUAUUAUGUAUCUAGGAAUAUUUACUAUGAAACUGCUCUUGCAAUAAUGAGCCUGAUUGAUCCUAUAGGUCAGAUGUAGUCAUUGCUUUUUAUUCUCUCUUGUUUUAGGCUCAUUUCUAUUUCAGUAGAUGCUGCUCACGCACAUUAAGAGUUUGACCCAAGAUUGUUUAAAACUAUUCUUCAUGACUGUGUGUCUACCAUUUUAAAAAUGUUAACGAUUUCCCCCCAAAUUGCGGCAUAAUCGUUUUGAAGGACAGGCCAGGCCCUGCAGAAUUGCUCUACAAUUAUUUUUUAAGAAGCUUUUUUGUGUGCUUUAAAACCUCUAAAUGUGGUACCUGCAAGUGCCCCUUUCCUUUUCAAAAAAAAGGUUUUAAAAUGUUAUCUUUUAAACCCUGUUGCAAAUAUUUUCUGUUCCACAGCAGAGUACUGUAACUUGUUAAUAUAAUCUGCAUUUGUCCUUUUUCCUCUCAAGCACCUUUCCAUGCACCACAACAUAGUAAGAAUGGAAAUUGAAUUAGCUUUCUGCUUUGAAACACGCACUGUACCUUCCAAGCUUCAAACAUUUCCGUGUUAAUCAAGCUUUUAGCAUUAUGGAAUGGUAAUUUUCAAACCACUCCAUAUGAUUUAAUCUAAUCUUCUUUCAUUUAAGUAGUAACUCGCACUGGUUAAAGAAACUAAUAUGGUUUCAAAAUCUUCUUACCUCUGUGACUUACUCACAUGUAGUAUUGCAAUCAAAACAAACUUCCCAACAUUUCUCAUGCUGCUGUGUGUGUUGGACUGUGUAUGAGAGAGUUUGAGCAUGCCUUUGUAAUCUUAAGGGACUACAAAAACGAACCUACAGGGUCAUUGUAUUGUUUUUCCUCUGAAGCAUCAGUACUGUGACUGUAUGAUGGCAAUAAAAGGUGCAGAUUUACAAUGAUGUUGGCUGAUUUCAGUGAAGUGAGGGGGAGCCGGAUGAGGGAGAUAGAAUACUAUGGCCAUAGUACCCUGAGUGAGAGAAUGUGUGUUUGUUAUGUGCUGUGUAUCCAUCCUAUGAAUCAAUGUAAGAGGCACAUACUCGGUUUAGUUAGCUAAACAUUACUUUUUUUAAAGAGUGCAGAUUAUGUACAACUCCUUUUUAAUGUAAUCGUGUUCAGCUCAAACCAAUGGUUUGUACAGUCUUUCCAUUUUUCUUUUUAAAAACAUGGCAAACAAAUUAACCACUUGCCUUAAACUCUAGUAAAUGAAUGUUCAACAUAAUUUCUGUUCUCACACAAGUUGUAUAAACUCUGUACGGUGAUAUGGACUAAAUGUUGUUUUCUCAAAGUGCAGAGGAUUAUGCAGGAAACAUAAUCCCAGUCCGAAAACAAAAUUGAGCAUUCCAUUUAUCUUUAAUUCUGUAAAAACUCUCGACUGUUCUAAAACUGGUGUUUGUAAAUGGUCUAUUCUGUGCCUCUGAUUCUAAAGGUGCUCCAAAGGAUGUUUGCCUUUUAAAUGGUUGCUUGGGGAAAAGUGGGGUGGGGAAGGAGGGAGAAAGGAAAUAGAGUAAGGGAAACUAUGCAAAACAAGCUGUUGAGGCUGGGAAGGGUAGGUCUUCCCUCUCUGCAUCCUUCAACCUCUCUUAAUUACCUUUCCGUUUCCCUGCCUACUCCAGACUGUCCAAAAAAAAACCAGACAGAGAGGGGAGAAGGUAGGAUAGGAGGGACCUUGCUUGUUUUUCAUAGUUUUAAUGUAGUUCCACAGUUGGUGGCACUUUUCCACUUUGAUCAGCAAUACUUGAGAAACACUAUAAAGUUUAAGAGGAAAAGAAACAGAAAUGGUUGUUACUGUCGGUUAUUGAAUAAUCUGUUUCUUUACUUUCACCAAUAAAAUAAACUUUUAAACAAAUGUCGUACAGCAAGUAUUUUUCUAUCAUGCACCAGUUAUUCCUGGCUCACUGGCCAGGGAGUCCUGUUGCAUUUACCAGUGUAACUAUAGAAGUAAUUGUUGAAGCUUUUUGAGAAGUAAAUUUGUUUUAAUGAGUAAA